AGCAUGAAUAGAGUACGAAAAAGAACCGACAGACUCUAAUUCUAGCCCCGACUGAUGAAUAAGUCUGGUGGUUUGGUUUCCACAAGGUGAUAACUUAGAUAGAACAAACGUCAGAUCUCUCAGACACAAGAUGUGGGGUGGCGCGGCCCUGUGGAGGUUCUCCAAGUACUUGAUUGCCGCAGAAGUAGCUGCCUUUGGAGCUGCGUACUACGUGUGGCAUAAAAUGAACGUUAGCCAAGAUUACAGAAGACAUAUGCAUGAGAAUUACCCGUAUAUACUUGAGCUUUUCUACCGAACGGCCGAAAUGGGACAGAUCAAAGAUGCCAGACCAAAUGACUACAGGGCCUGGGGCAUUCUGGGAAAUACCGACACAGACUCUGGCACAGGAUCGUCAUGACAACCGUCACUGGCUGCUUUCAUAAACAUUUAUUUUAUAGAUGUGUGCAGAAUGCAGUUCUAUAAACUUCUUGCAAUUUGGUCUAUAGACCUUUGUCAUGCUGCCAACUUCAGUCAUGUGUCCUGUAUCCUAUAACAAUACUGAAUGAUAUUCUUUUUUGCCCCAAAAGGAACCAGACUAUUUUAUCUUCAAGCCUCACUUUGGUUACAUUGAAGUGAAUGUGCAAAAAUCAUGACGGCCGCAACUUGACAAUGGUCUUUUAAGUGCCAUCUACUGCAUGGAAUGAAACUUAGUUCUGAAGAAUGUUAGCUUGUAUUGUAUAUAAUUUGUAACCAAUUGGAUCAGCAAAUGCAAUUUUCAAGUGAGACGAAAAAUCAUAAAAUUAAAAGUUUUGUGCUUGAAGAUGGCUCUGGGUGACUUUGGCGCGAGGCAACGUUACUAGAUGCAUGUGGUCUCCUCUAAGAGUUCCAAGAAACGGACCUACAUAUACAUGUACUUGACAUAAAUUUUGACUCUUGUCUUCGAGUAACAGUUAUACAAUGUUAGUGCUUAUUGUUAGCAGUUGAAGGCACCUUUUCAAAAGGAAUCUGACAUAAUUAUGCAAGUGAAAUUUGAAAUUCAAAGGGUUUUCUAAGGAAAUGCAUUUGUCAAAUUCAAAACCUAUGCAGGCUUCUUGCUUUACACAC